GCAGUGGUGGCUACGACGAGAACAAGCGAUCCCCGCCUGGAGCCAGGCCAAGAAGGGCAACUCAUGGGGGCCGGGGUCAUGGAGGUUAUAAGAGCGACGCGUUGCUCCAUCCUGGAGAUCUCAAGCUCUGCUCUCUUUCUUCCACUUUGCAUUGAUUGACUCCUCAUCUGCCAACAUGUGGACGUCAACUUCCGGCCUGACGGGCAAGCCCCUUCAGUGGGCCAUCACCUUCACGGCCGUCAUGGGUUUCUCCCUCUUCGGAUACAACCAGGGUAUGAUGUCUGGUAUCAUCGCCGGUACUCAGUUCGUCGGCGAGUUCCCCGUCCUCGCCAUGCCCGAGGGCACCACCGCAGACUCCGACAUGGCCACCUACAAGCACAUCAACGUUCUGCGUGGUGGUGUUACUUCCUGCUACGAACUCGGCUGCUUCUUCGGCGCGCUCUUCUCCAUGUUCUACGGUGAGGCCAUCGGCCGCACUCGCCUGAUUGUCACCGGUGCCCUCAUCCUGAUCAUCGGUGCUGCCAUCUCCGCCUCUCCCUUCGGUUCCGAAUGGGGUCUCGGCCAGUUCGUUGUCGGCCGUGUCAUCUCUGGUGUUGGCAACGGUCUGAACACCGCGACCAUCCCCGUCUGGCAGUCCGAGUGUUCGGCCUCGCACAACCGUGGUCUGCUUGUCUGCUUCGAGGGUGCUCUGAUUGCCGUCGGUACCUUCAUCGCCUACUGGGUCGUCUUCGGUCUCUCCUACGUCGAGCAGUCCGUCCAGUGGCGAUUCCCCGUUGCGCUCCAGAUCCUCUUCGCCCUGAUUGUCGCCGCUGGUGCCCUGAUGCUUCCCGACUCCCCCCGUUGGUUCGUUAUGCGCGGCCACAACCAGGAGGCCUGCGAGGUUCUCGGUAAACUCAAGCGCGAGUCCCCCGACUCCGAUGUCGUUCUCAACGAGUUCAACUUCAUGAAGGCCGACGUCGAAAUGACCCGCGCUUCCCAGGCCAGCUUCAAGGUUAUCUUCACCGGCGGCAAGACCCAGGAAUUCCAGCGUCUUCUCCUUGGUUGCGCUGGUCAGUUCUUCCAGCAGUUCACCGGUUGCAAUGCUGCCAUCUACUACUCCACCCUGCUCUUCGAGGAGAACCUGCACCUUAAGAAGCGCCUGGCCCUGAUUAUGGGUGGUGUCUUCGCUACCGUCUACGCUCUGGCUACCAUCCCCUCGUUCUUCAUGAUUGAGAAGGUCGGUCGUCGUAAGCUCUACCUUAUUGGUUUCAUGGGUCAGGGUCUCUCCUUCGUGAUCACAUUCGCUUGUUUGAUCAAGGAAACCACAGAGAACUCCAAGGGUGCCAUUGUCGGUAUCUUCCUCUUCAUCGUCUUCUUCGCCUUCACUCUGCUGCCUCUCCCCUGGAUCUACCCCCCCGAGAUCAACCCCCUCCGUACCCGUACCGCUGGUGCCUCCGCCUCCACCUGUACCAACUGGAUCACCAACUUUGCUGUCGUCAUGUUCACUCCUCUCUUCGCCGCCACCUCCAGCUGGGGUGUCUACCUCUUCUUCGCUCUCAUUAACUUCAUCGGUGUCCCCGUCGCCUACUUCUUCUUCGUGGAGACCGCCGGUCGUGAGCUCGAGGAAAUCGACAUCAUCUACGCCAAGGCCCACGUCGAGAAGCGCUGGCCCUUCAUGGUCGCCAACGACAUGCCCAAGCUUAACAUGGAGGAGAUCACCCAGCAGUGCCGCGAGCUCGGCCUCGACACCAACACUGUCCAGCAACCCGGUCAGAACGAGCUUGGUCUCGGCAGCGGCUCCUCCGAGGACGAGGUCCAGGAGAAGCAGGGUUAGAGGAGUAAAAAAUUCACUCUUUCAUUCAAUUGACAACCUGCGCUCGGUCCGCCGGCGCCUAUCGAAUACCCCUGCUAGUUGCAUGUAUAUCUUUCUAGCUUGUGCAUGCAUGCAUAGAUUGUGAAAGAUAGAUUUGGUGUAUUUCCUUUACCUUUCAUUUCUUUAUUUUCUUUUCUAUUUGUUUCCUUAUUCCCCUGUGUACAUCUGGUCGAGUUUCAUGUCAGCUGGCCGCGUGAUCUCUCCAUAUUCAUGUUAUGAGAUUGGGACGUGCGAUGUGCAGCUAUGAUGUUCGAGAGGUUUUAUGAUUAAUUACUGGUAGAGAAUAUACCCAUUCCUUCUCGAA